GUGCUUUUUCUCUGCCACAACAUCUUUACUACAAUCGCAUUGCAACGUGGAAAAACUCAGAUUUUGCAGGCCGUCAUGGAAUCCGUGGCCAAACACGAGAGCCUCACCAAUUCCGAGUCUCAUUUCCUACGAAUGCCACUUGGUAUGCCAAUUUGACGUUGAGAUCAUAACAUAUUUUCAUUCUGACGCCGCCUAGAAAUGCGAAAGAAUAUCUACCACUUACUUAUCCCCUCCAUAAUCCCGAAAUUCUGUCAAAAAUGGUGGCGAUGGAACAAUCUUCCACAACGGCAGCGGAAACACCUAGCCAUUCUCCGUACGAAUCGUCAAAUCUAUCAAGAAGCAACUUCAAUCCUUUACAAGGAAAGCAGAAUCCUGUUACUCGCCGACGACAUCUUCUGUCUACCGUCCUUUCCGAAAACUGAUCCUCUGUUUUCUUACAAUUCGUUGGACGAGCAAAGAGACCCGAAUGCCACGUCUUGGAGAUACGAUCCACUCCUAGGAACCGGCGACGAGGUUGAUGGAAAACAGGUGUAUUCACAGCCUGAACUUGGUGGGCUUAUUGAGCCUCAUGUUCUCGCUCAAUUCCAGCAUGUAGUUGUUAAUAUUAGUCUUCUUCUUCGAGGUUCCAAUACCACGCAAGUAAUUUUCGAUGAGGGACAGGAGGGUUAUUCUAAAAGUGUUCUCGCAGAGCAUACCAGGAUUCUUAGAACGGAGCUCUUUAAAAAACUAACUCAGGUGCUUUCUAACUCUCCCGUUUUGAAAACACUUACGAUACUUCUUUCUGUCGAUGCGGGAACGCCCCGAAAAGACGAGGGCGGGAACUCAACCGAUGAUGAUGAUGAUACGGAUCCGGAACCUGAACCGGAUGAUGAAGACGAGGAAAUGAUCGAGUGUCUGCGACAGAAGAGGAUUCUGGAGCGCGAUAGGGAUGUAGAUGUUUUAAUUCAGAGUGGGGUUCUUUGGCACUUGAAGGGCUUGAGGAGUGUUGUUGAGCUUAGGACCCCUGCUAUGGUUGAAGAGUAGAGUGAGGGUUUUAGGAAAGUUGAUAAUGAGACGGAGAGGGGUUUAGAGGAGUCGUGAAAGGUGGUUGAGAUGUAGAGUGAUUCAAAAAGGUCGGGUUGAUCGAGGGGUGUUGUUUUUUCGGGUCUAUCUAAACUACAGUAUAGAUCUGAAUAUUAUAAGUUCAGGAAAAG